CGGCGAUUAUUCGAAUCCUCCCACACUACCCACACUUGGAUUUGUCCCUCCUCCUCCGCCCUAUGUCGAGCCUACUCCUGGGCCCCAUGUUCGUUUUGCAUCCCCGCCGCAAAUAAUCGCGUCACCGCCACAGUACUGGGCACCGCAGCACUUCUCGUCACCGCCGUAUACCACACCCGGGCGGUACAUCACGCCUGUGCCGCCUGUUGAACCCCCUCCACAAGUUCCCUCCGUCAACGAAACAUAUGCCACGUCUGAGCCCGAUAACGCGGAUAAGCCCGAACCGGAUCCUUUGCCAGCGUCGUCUUCCACGUCACCGCCACGUACCCCGCCACUGCAAAUCGUGGCAGGUCAGCUUGUCGGAUCCCCUCCUCAGCUCUCACCUCAGCUCCAGAAUGAGACGGCUGUGUCCGAGCUGCCGGUUCCUUCGGGGACGGAACCAGCUAGUGCGUCCGAUACGGAGCCGGGUGCCGAACCCCAGCCAGAGCUCAUGCCAAGUCAGCUUGUCGAGUCCCCUCCUCAGCUCUCACCUCAGCUCCAGGAUGAGGCAAUUGUAUCCGAUAUACCUGUCUCUUCGGGGACAGAACCACCUAUUGCGUCCGAUACGGAGCCGGGUGCCGAACCCCAGCCUGAGCUGAACCCCGAGGUAGACUCUGAGGUCACUGCUACGCCUGAACUCCCGAGUCACCCCGUUCAGAGCAAGCUAUCAACUCCAACCCGGAGGCGCCUGCAACUAACGGGAUUCAUAUCAACGGCGUGGCUGGGACACCCAACGGCGUACCUGGGACAUUUGUACAGACUCUCCCCAUACGAGUUGUCAACUCCAACCCAGAGGCGCCUGCAACUAACACGAUUCACAUCAACGGCGUGGCUGGGACACCCAACGGCGUACCUGGGACAUUUGUCCAGACUCUCCCCAUACGAGUUGUCAACUCCAACCCAGAGGCGCCUGCAACUAACGGGAUUCAUAUCAACGGCGUGGCUGGGACACCCAACGGCGUGCCUGGGACACCUGUCCAGUCUCUCCCCGUACCCGUUAUUCAGUCUAAUCCUGGGACGCCUCCUGGUACCAGAUUUGGAAUCAAUUUUUUUGCGACGGAUUACUCGGAUACUCCCUCUCCCGAUUCCCCCCGUUCUGAGGAAGCUGUCAACUCCAACCCGGAGGCGCCUGUACCUCGAACUAACGGCUUUCAUAUCAAUUUCUUUGCGGAGGACUAAAUGUUUUUGGACCGCACAUUACCCCCUGAGAUACCUCCAUGCUUGUGGGGUGUUUUCUUGCUGCGAAGUGACACGUUUUGAGAAUGUUAUAUCAAGUGUAGGGCGAGGUUCAUGCCCAGCGUACCAGAUGAGCGUAUUGAGUUAUCACGAAGACAGGGCUGGAUAUUGACGAUGGAACUUUGUGGAAAUAAACUUGUAUGAGGUCUCAAUUGCUUCUUUGUAAGCUGCAUCAUAAUAGCGAAUGCCUGCAUGGUAUUUUACAGUUUCCCUUGCUCCGCUGCAGAAUUAUUGUGAUGAAACAGCGCCGGAACAGCAGUAAGGGUAUCGCUUGCAGCGAUGAGGAUAACUCAAGUUGCCAAGCCAAGUUCAAGCAAUCAAGCAAAUAUAAGU